UAUCAAGAGAAAGAAUUGGAAGUGCCCAUUUCGCACAAUGGUCUCGAAGGGUUAGCGCGACCGGACGAGGCAGAGGCGGGCGACUAUGAAAACGGAGACGCCUUCGAUGAAUGGGAGUAUGAGAGUGAGGAGGUGGAGGAAGAGGAAGGGUAUUAUACAGAGGAGCGAUCCGAAGAAGAAGAGACGACCUGCGAAGAGAUCCCAAGUCCCGCCAUUUACCUGGCCACCCUGGAGGAAGUACCGACGUGGGAAGAAGGGGAGCCCACCACCGAAGAACCAAAGGUAGACUUGGACAACCUGUCGGAGGAAGAAAGGGUAGAAGUAGUGAAACUUUUCGAAGCAGAAGAGGAGUUGUUCACUAGGGGGCUGGACGAACUUACUCAAACCGACAAAAGGGCGAAAGGUGAGGAUGGCGAGGAAGAUAAAGAAAAAGGAAACGAAGGAAAUAGUCGAUUUGAACGAACGAAAAACGACCCAACCCACUCGCACGAUGAAACAGACACCUCAAACA